GAGUCGCACAUGCGGAGCUUUCUUUUAUGUCAAGAAUCCUGGAGAGGCAUCGCGCACUUUGCCUCGGAGGAUCCUAAUCGUGUCAUCGACUUUCUUCAGCAGGUUCUCCAAAAUAUCUCUCACAUACUUUACGUGACUCACCCAGUAAUGUCGGCCCCGCAGGAAAUCGACUCCGCCGUAAACGACCAAUACAGAGCACGUUGCACAAGUUGCCUUUUUUAUCUCGUUAAAAUUCAUGAUAUUUUACCGUCCUCUCUAUCGUACCUUAACGUCGUCAACGAGGGAAGUCACGCCAUCUACGCUGGAGGAUUUUCUGUUCGUUUAAACCGUUCCUCUGUUGACCCCCGCCUGAAGUAUACUACGCUGCAUAGGAUAUUUGGAAAGGUUCUACAAUGGAUGGCAGAUCUCCGGUCUGCUUGAAAGUUCUCCGGAUACUCGUCAACAAUGGCGUGCAGAACGCCGACGCGAUUAUAUCAAAAUUUUGUCGUGAGGCGCUGGUAUGGAGAAAUGUCAAGCACCGAAAUGUCCUUCCAUUUCUUGGCGUCAACAAAGAGCUUUUCGCUCCGAGUUUCUACUUAAUAUCUCCAUGGAUGGAAAAUGGAAAUAUCAUUUCCUUUCUCCAUCACCACCCACGACUCGAUCGUCUACAGGCAAUAACCGACGUCGCACGCGGAAUGGCGUACUUACACUCUCUCGAGCCUCCGAUUGUUCACGCGGACAUUCGUGGCGCAAACAUACUCGUAACGGACGACUUCCGAUGCUGCUUAGCUGAUUUUGGUCUCGCGCUGGCUGUUGAAACUCCCUCCUCUGCAUCAUCUAACAGCAGUAUCUCUGGCUCUCUCCGAUGGCUCGCUCCCGAGAUCCUUGACUUUCAUCUAUUCGAUCCUCGAUACCUCACUGCCCGGGAUGUCUACGCCUUCGGGUGCACCGUUGUAGAGAUCUUCACGGGCAAACCACCAUACCCGCACAUUCAUCACGACUCGGCGAUCAUCCAUGAGGUUCUCACAAAGAGAAACCAUCCGAAACGACCGUCGUUAGUGGUAGAUGAGCUCUGGGAGCUUAUUAAAGAACUGGCGUCAUUCUCACCUGUGUAGCCCCACGUUCAUAUACUUAAGCAUGUUUAUCG